GGACCAGUCCCCCUCCCAAGUGGCUCAAAGUGCAAAGCAAACCACCGGGGGGGACUAAUCACUCAUUUAUCGGCAAAUUUUAUUAGACAGCGGACGAUAAAAUAGAAAGAACGUCACCCAGAAGGUUCGCCGGAUUCCCGAGUCCGAGUCCGAGUCCGAUUUCGAGGCCGCUUCUGAUUCCCAGGGCCAACUACUACAGCCUGUAAUAAUAUACUACAUAAUUAAACAAGGCGUAAUCUUAUCGUGGACUUCGGGUCUUUUUUCCGUUUGUGGUGUUGUGGUGCCACCAGCGGCGGAAGUCUUGGGCAACAGUUGGCGAAAUCGAACUCAGCAAACCGGACGAGGGCGAAGCCACCACCAUGGAGGAGUUGGAUCACAACAACAACAGCAACUACGGCGUUUGCCUGGAGGAGUUCAAGCUAUUCGCCCAGCUGGAUGAUGAUUUGUCGGGAGAGCUCUUUAGUUCCAGCCCUGAGUUGGAUCUCCUCGAGAUGGACUUCGGGCAGAUAGAACCAUCCCCGUUCCAGGACGAGCAGAAGUGUCAGAAGGCAGUGCCAGCCAAGAAACGCUCUCGGGGAUCGGUGAGCGAUCACACCUGUGACGUGUGUGGGCGUCGGUUCUCGGAGGCCUACAACCUGCGCAUCCACAAGAUGACCCACACGGACGAGAAGCCCCACCGAUGCCCGGAGUGCGGCAAGGGCUUCCGGCAGCUGAACAAGCUCCGCAUCCACGCAGUCACCCACACCGAGGAUCGACCCCACAAGUGCGACAUCUGCGGGAAGGGAUUCCGCUACGCCAAUUACCUAUCCGUCCACCGGCGCCUCCACACCGGCGAGAAGCCGUAUCCCUGCCAGGCAGAAAACUGUGAUCUCACCUUCCACUCGGUCCACGCUCGCCGCAUCCACACUAAGCUUAGGCACUCGGUGGACCGAAACCGGGAGCAGGAGCAGACCUCCUCCCUCAGCUACACCUGUCCGGUGUGUGGCCGGGUCCUUACCGACCAGUGUUACCUGAGCACUCACCUGAAGCGGCACUACAACCAGCGGGACUACGCCUGCCCGCAUCCGGAGUGCGGCAAGCGUUUCUUCAGUGCCUCAGAGCUGAAGCACCACCAGAUCGCCCACACCCAGCUGCGGCCCUUCGGGUGUCCUUUGUGUGGCGCCCGCUUCCUCCGGAAGUCGAACUUCAAGCAACACCUCAAGGUGCACGAAGAGAGGUGAGGUGGGAGUAUUCAUGAAUCAUGAAUC